AUGCCCAACCCCAAUCCGACCGCGCAACCCUCCCAUGCCGUCGCUUCGACGCGCCUCGCCCAUGCGCGCAGCUUGUCCGUCAAAACAAACACAGCCACAGCGACAGCGACAGCCACAGCGACAGCGACAGCGACCAAGCUGCCUGCGAACCCGCUCCCCGCUCCAGACAUCCGCUUGUUUGUGACCAACCUGCGCUUGCUGGACUUGGACUUGCGCCACGAUUGGCCAAACAUCACGACUCAAUCCUUCUCCGCCAAGAACGCAGACCAGAAGCAGCGCAUCAGCGGCGCCGAGUGGGCCCUCUUCCGUCUGUUCGAGAUCUGGGACCCCAACGAGGCUGCACAGAAACUGCGCCCCUUCUUCCCACCCCUCGAGCCGCUGCAGUCCCUGAACCUCCGCGCCGCCCUCUACCGAUGGCUGAACGAACUGAAGAAGAACGGCGUCCUAGGCCGCGAGUCGGUCCUGCGCAAGACCAUGCUCGACGAGUGCAAGGGCGACAAGUUCUUCGAGAUCCUGGCCCUGUUCUCUGCUGCAGUCCUCAAAAAGGUGCUGCCUUCAAGAGCUGGGAACCACAGGAACGCGGCCGUUGCGCGGAAACUGGCAACCGCGUCCACCCUGUCAAGUGACGCCCAGCGCUCCCUGCUCCCGCUUGCCAUUGCCCACAAAGCUGCACUCGUCAAUCUCCUGCGCCGCAAGGACGAGCAAAGGCUGAAGUUCUCCGAGUUCGAGAAAACGCUUGACGCAAAGGCAAAGGACAUCAACAAGCGCAUUCGCAGAUGCGUGGACACGCCAAGAGCAAGGAGACCAGCAGUGCCGCAGAGGGAAGCCGACGCCAUCAAGCGGCAGCUCGCAGACAACUGGAUUGGCAACCAGAAGUGGCUCGGCGUCAUGCUGCAUGGCGACCAGGUGCAAGCUGGUGAUGCCUUCUUGAGCAAUCAAUUCGACAAACUCUGGCAUCUGGUAGAGCGCGGGAGAAAGCUGCAAGACGCAGCGCCUGAAGCGGGACUGCUAGACAAUCUACAAUCAAGGGUCCAACAACAGCAGAACAGACUACAGCAAUGGAAGGCCUUCCAUGCAGAGCUACGCAGUGACGCCGCCAAACACGCAGCAACAAACCACAACGCACCAGCCCCUGCGAAGAAUUUCAAGUUUGAAAGCCACAUCCAGCACCAGCUGCCCCCAUCCAAACAAGUCAAGAGCUGCGUAGUGAAGCGACCAGCAUUGCGAUCGAGCUAUCUGGACAUCUUGACCGACAUGGACUCGGAGCUGUCGCGUGUCUCACAGUCAAAGCCUCAGCAGGCGUUUACUUCCACUCGCCGGCGACGUACGUCAUCAGCUGCCCCUGCUCGUUCUCCAGUCCAGACGAAAAAUCUCUUCUAUUACAACCAGACAGCACAGGCGCCACCGAGUCCAGCCUGGCAGACGGAGCCAAAGACGCUUGUCAACGAGCCCAAGACGCUCGUGAGGGAGCAGAAGGCUCUUUUCGAAGGCCUGUCUAGCAACGCAGACAUGCAUCCGCAGCGACGGGCGUUCGUAAAAGCGACACCCACUGAUUAUGAUGCAACUCUGGUGGAUCGGCUGUCCAGUUUGCGCAUCGCUGCGCCCAAGUCGCCGGCCACCCAGUCUCCUGUUCGUCGGCGCUUCCAGCCUGAGCCAGAGUCGGAGCCCACACCAACAGCAGUGGCUCACAAUGCUCGUGCAGCGUCAUCAUCCCCGUUACCUUCAGAGGGCUCGCCGGUACCUUCGCAGGCAACGCCUUUCUCAGAGUCAUCGCCUACCGAAUCUCCCGCACCUUCUUUCGAACGCUCAGCUCCUGUCUUAGAGGCCCCCAACCUGGGUCCAGAAGAGGCGCUUGCUGAUCAGAUCAUUACGUCGAUUGGUAACGCGACUCCAUCGCCCGUGAAGAAGCCUCAACCUCGCAUGUCCAUGUCUCUCGUGGAGCGCACGCGCAUGACUCUCUCUCGAACACCAUCCUUUGAACCCGUGCCCGAAUCGCCAGACGACCUCCCCAUCGCUCCACCGACGGUGCUUCCCUCGGCCAACGAUGUUGGGGUGAGCAAUGUCACGACGCUUCUGGAACGCACACGUCUGAGCAUGGCCACCAUGUCUAAUCGACCCCGUGCCUCCCUCGCCCCUUCGCAAGAGACUGCCAGAAAGCAAAACCCAAAGUCGAGAUCAUCACUCUUCCCCGUCAACCAGUUUGAUACGCCACGCACUCGCAAGUCGUUUGAAGCCAUCGAGGAAGUGGGGAGCAGUGAAAAGACACCCAAAGAAGAUCUGCUGGCAGGAGACAUUGACUACGACCGCGUGUUUAAGAGUCGUCCACGUAUCGCUACGAGUCCGAUCUUCAGCCCUGAGAAGUUCGGUGGGAACUGCGAUGAGGAUGCUGAAGACGACGCGUAUGAGGAGGAAAUCACCGGAAUCGAUCUAGGAGACGUGGAUCAGAGUGACAACGAAGACAACGAAGGAUUUACGCAGAGCUGGGCAGACAGUCCAAGUCGACGCGCAGGGAAGGUCAACUACUGA